AUGACGGAGGAAGAGAAGGCUUCUGUAGACAUACGAGACAAGCAACUGAUGAAGCCAAAAGUUUUGAUUAUCGCUCCUUUCAGGUCAAAUGCGAAGAAGAUCGUUGAUGAAAUGAUUCGACUUCUGACACCCCCUAGCGGCAAACUUGAAGUGGCUUAUCGAAAACGUUUCCUAAAAGAGUUCGGGCACGAUCUUCAGGCAGAAAAGGAAUUCCAGCAGAAGAAGCGACCUGACGAGUUUAAACGCAUCUUUGGCGGAAAUUCUGACGACCACUUUCGAAUGGGUCUAUCGUACACGCCAAAACAGCUCAAGCUCUACACGCCUUUUUAUGCAUCUGACGUGAUCAUUGCCUCGCCGCUUGGCUUGAAGCGGGUAAUUGGCGAUGAUUCGGAGGACAAACGCAAGGAGUACGACUUUUUGAGCUCAAUCGAGAUCGUCGUUGUCGAACAUGCUGACUAUAUUCUCAUGCAGAAUAUUUCACAUCUUCUUCACAUCUUCAAAAAUCUCAAUCUGAUGCCAAAGAAAGCACAUGAUUGCGACUUCGGAAGAGUCAAACUAUGGUCUGCGGAGGGGCAUUCAAAAUAUUAUAGACAAACGAUUUUCUUGAGCCACACUCCAAAUCUAAAUUUCGACGCAAUUAUGACCAAACUGUGCUUCAAUUACCGAGGGUACGCUGAAUGUCGACUUCAAGAAGUAUCCUCACUUCUAGCGCUUAAAAAUGUUGCUCUCCCGAUUCCUCAAAUCUUCCGAAAAGUCGAAGGGGGCAGCAUGGGUGAAGUCUUGCAGAAUCGCUACAAGAUUUUCAUGAAAAUUAUGAAUGAAAUAUCCAAAGCGAAGAUCAAGAACGUCCUAGUUUACAUACCGAAUACACUUCAUUUUUACGUCCUUCGUGAUAAGCUCACGGAAUCCAAAAUUGAACACGUGUGCCUAACAGAGGAAACUUCUACAGGUCGAAGCAAAACAGCGAAGAAGAUGUUUGAAAGCGGCGAGCGACCGGUGCUUGUGUUCACCGAGCGAAGACAUUUUUUUCACCGAGUGACACAGCGAAAAGUAUCAAGGGUGAUAUUCUUUGAGCCUCCAACUUUCCCACAUUAUUACUCGGAGGUUUCAAACUUUAUAAUCGACCCAUCAUUUUCGGACGUUACAGUUCUUUGCAGCAAGUUUGAUCGGUUGCAACUAGAAGGAAUUCUCGGAAGAAACGAGGCGAAAAGUCUACUGCGGAAUGAGAAGGAAAUCGUAUGCUUUAUGAACGAAAAAUAA